GAGUUCAAGGGUUCUACGGAUCUGCCUCUCUUCUUGCUUCCUUUAACCCCUGCUGUAACCCGGGCCUGGAGUUUGGAGUUUGACCUGCGUGGAGGCUGACAGCCGCAGGUGAGGAGGACCGGAGCCCCAAGGUCUCCCUUCUUCCAGCCAUCUCCGCCUCCAUUGACCUCUGAAGCCCCCCAACCUCCCCACCAGCUCCCAAUCGGUGAGGCUGCAUCUGGAAGAAGGAUUGGUAGGAUUCCUUCAGCACCAUGGAGAGAGUCACCAGCAGUUCGGAGCCUCCACAGUCAGAUGCACUGGAGGCAUUUCCCAGGAAGAGCCUGGAGCCAGGCGACAUUGCUGUGCUGGUUCUUUACUUCCUCUUUGUCCUGGCUGUAGGACUAUGGUCCACAGUGAAGACCAAAAGAGACACUGUGAAAGGCUACUUUUUGGCUGGAGGGGACAUGGUGUGGUGGCCGGUGGGCGCAUCCUUGUUUGCCAGCAAUGUUGGAAGCGGACACUUCAUUGGUCUGGCAGGCUCAGGAGCUGCUGUGGGCAUUUCUGUCACUGCUUAUGAGCUUAACGGCUUAUUUUCUGUGCUGAUGCUGGCCUGGAUAUUCCUCCCUAUCUACAUCGCUGGCCAGGUGACAACGAUGCCGGAGUACCUACAGAGACGCUUCGGCGGCUGCCGGAUCUCCAUCGCCCUGGCUGUACUCUAUCUGUUCAUCUACAUCUUCACCAAGAUCUCGGUGGAUAUGUAUGCAGGCGCCAUCUUCAUUCAGCAAUCUUUGCGCCUGGAUCUGUACCUGGCCAUAGUGGGGCUAUUGGCCGUCACAGCUCUAUACACUGUGGCAGGUGGGCUGGCGGCGGUGAUCUACACGGAUGCUUUGCAGACCGGGAUCAUGCUCAUAGGCUCGCUCAUCUUGAUGGGCUACAGCUUUGCAGCGGUCGGCGGUCUAGAAGGCCUGAAUGAGAAAUAUUUCUUGGCUUUGGCUAGCAACCGCAGCGCAAAUAGCAGCUGUGGGCUACCCCGAGAAGACGCCUUCCAUAUCUUCCGGGACCCAGUGACGUCUGAUCUGCCGUGGCCUGGGAUUCUCUUUGGAAUGUCCAUCCCCUCUCUCUGGUACUGGUGCACGGAUCAGGUGAUCGUCCAGAGGUCUCUGGCUGCCAAGAACCUGUCUCACGCUAAAGGAGGCUCUCUGAUGGCCGCAUACCUCAAGAUCCUUCCCCUUUUCAUCAUGGUGUUCCCGGGCAUGAUUAGCCGGGUCCUCUUUCCAGAUGAAGUGGCGUGUGCACAUCCGGACAUCUGCCAGAGGGUCUGUAGCAAUCCGUCGGGCUGCUCUGACAUUGCGUACCCAAAGCUGGUGCUGGAACUCCUGCCCACAGGACUCCGCGGGCUCAUGAUGGCUGUGAUGGUGGCCGCUCUCAUGUCCUCCCUCACCUCCAUCUUUAACAGUGCCAGUACCAUCUUCACCAUGGACAUCUGGACCCACAUCCGGUCUCGGGCAUCUGAGAAGGAGCUGAUGAUUGUGGGCAGGGUGUUUGUGUUUGUGUUGGUGCUGGUCUCUAUCCUCUGGAUCCCUGUGGUCCAGGCCAGCCAAGGAGGCCAACUGUUCAUCUACAUCCAGUCCAUCAGCUCCUACCUGCAACCACCUGUGGCUGUGGUCUUCAUCAUGGGAUGCUUCUGGAAGCGGACCAAUGAAAAGGGUGCUUUCUUUGGCCUGAUCCUGGGCCUGCUUCUAGGGCUGGUCCGGCUGGUCCUGGACUUUAUCUACGUGCAGCCUCGGUGUGACCAGCCAGAUGAGCGCCCAGCUGUGGUGAAGAAUGUCCACUACCUCUACUUCUCCAUGAUCCUCUCAUCCACCACCCUGAUCACCGUGUGUGCCGUGAGCUGGCUCACUGACCCGCCCUCCAAGGAGAUGGUCAGUCGCUUGACCUGGUUUACACGUCAUGAUCCAGUAGUCCAGAAGGACCAGGUGCAGCCAGCAACCAUCCUGCCUCUGACCCUGACUCAGAACGGAGCCCCAGAGGCCACCAGCACCAGCAUCCAAUUGGAAAUGGCUCAAGACAAUAAGUCUAAAGCCCACAGUGGUGAUGUCAUCCAUAAGCGGUCCAAAGUGGUGAAGGCCAUCUUAUGGCUGUGUGGCAUGGAGGACAAAGGCCGGGAGGAGGCCCCAAGCAAAGCAGAAGCCGUCAUCGUUUCCUUGGAGGAGAACCCCAUUGUGAAAACCCUUCUGGACAUCAACUGCAUCCUCUGCCUCAGCUGUGCCAUUUUCCUCUGGGGUUACUUUGCUUAAUGCAAGGUGACGCCGGCAGCUCCAGCUCUUGCUCUGUUCUCAAGGCCCUGUCAUUUUCUAGUGAAAUAAUAAUAAUAAAAAGCUUUUUGUUUGUUUACUA